AUGGGUGUUGAGCGCUUAGAUCAAAUUUCUAGCCCUCAAAGACCAGGACGAUACUCUGAGUUCACUAAGAUCGAGAAAUGGAUUAUCAUCUCCGUUGUAUCCUACGCGACUUGGUUCUCAGGACUGAGUAGUUUUAUCUACUACCCGGCCAUUAACGCACUGUCGGAGACAUUAUCUGUUUCUAUCGAAAAGAUCAAUUUAACGAUAACAUCUUACCUCGCUGUCGCCACAGUGGCCCCUGCCAUGUUCGGUGACUUCGCUGAUGUCCUUGGUCGACGUCCGGUAUAUUUGAUGACGCUCAGUCUCUAUUUCGUGGCAAACGUGUCGAUUGCGUUGUCAAAAACCUAUUCUGCACUGAUAGGCCUGAGAGCACUACAGGCAUUGGCAAUUUCUGGCACAAAUGCUUUCGUGUAUGGUGUUAUCGCAGAUAUUGCGUCGCCAGCUGAGCGCGCGUCACAAUCGGACCGAGCGUUGGUCCGAUUAUUGGCGGACUCUUGA